CUAGCUCGCUGCCAUAUUAUUUCGGACGGUUGCCCGUCCCCUGUCAUCCUGUCGUCGUGUUGUCGAUCUCAUUUAGCUUGAAUUUUAAUUUGAUAAUGUGCAUUUUGCUAUAGUAUUUUAGAUGAAAGUGAAUUAUUUUACUAGAACGUAACGAUGUUUUAAGGUUCAACCUUGUACAAAUAACUAUGUGAAUGUCCAUGCUAAAAGAGUAACGAAUCGACAGUAACAUUCAUUCAUUGACAAUGGAGGUGACACAUACUCUCACCCUCAAUGAGACUGCUCUGCAACAACUUCCAGAUGACAAAAAGCCACAUUUCAUAUUUGAGUGGCUUCGAUUCCUUGACAAAGUUCUGGUUGCUGCUCAUAAGUCCGACAUAAAGAGUUGCCAGCAAAAACUAGUGGCACAACUAGUGAACCUCCUCCGAGAAUCCCUCGGGGCCCCAGCGCGUCGUCUCCUAGCGCGGUGCCUGGCCACUCUGUUCUCGGUGGGAGACACGUUCCUGUUGUUUGACACUGUCAACAAAUGCAAUGACAUAAUCAAAGUUAAGGAUGACUCGCCGUCAUAUUUGCCAACUAGAUUAGCGGCGAUAUGCUGCCUGGGCAGUAUGUACGAGAAGCUCGGACGCAUGAUGGGUCGCUCGUACGAGGAGACUGUCUCCACGCUGGUGCGCUCCCUGAAGAGCGCCGAGUCGCAGACCAGAUUCGAGAUCAUGAAUACACUAGAGAAGAUCUGCGUAGGCAUGGGUUCGGCCGCGCCGUCGGCGCUGCGCGAGGUGUCGCGCGCGGCGCGCAGUGCGCUGCUGUCGGACCGCAGCGCGGCCGUGCGCGCGCUCGCGGCGCACGCGCUGCGGCGCAUGCUGCCGCUCAUGAAGCUCACCGCCGCCGAUCUGGACGCGAUCGCCGCCGCUUGUCUGCGAGCGGCGCAUCCGAGCGAUUAUAUGCUUAGAUGUGCUAUCGCUGAACUGCUUGGCGCAUUGAUAGCGGCGACACAAGCGGGGGAAGUCAAUAACUUGAAUGUUAAACUCAAAGUUGGCCAAUCUGUCCAACAAAGCAAGAAGGAUCCUCCAAAGAACGUAGUAUCGUUAGACGAAGCCCUAAACUUGCUGAUGGGAGCUUACCUUCGAGGUGGGACAUCAUUCUUGAAGGGGGAGAUCAUCAAAUCUGGCUCGGGGGUCAAUAGGGAAGUGCGCGUUUGUGUCACAAAUGCGUACGUGGUGUUCGUACAAAACAUGGGCGGCGUAUGGCUGGAACGCAACAUGACUACAUUCCUCACUCACGUUUUAGACUUGGUCGCCAAUCCCAAGGCCGCAAGCUCCCAUGUGGACGCCGUGUACUCCAGAAAAUGUAUAAACUACAUUCUCCGCAACACGCUCGGCAAGAUGCUUGGCGAGAAAGCGCAAGCGUCCGCUUGCAGGGAGAUCAUACAGAUUGUAAUCAAGCAGAUGAACAGCAUCGACUUCAACCCGGAGAACGCCAAGGAUUGCAACCAGGAAACAUUAUUCAGUCAACAUUUGCUAGUCUGCGCGUUGACUGAAGCGGGGGAGUUGGCGCUUCAACUGGGCACGUCGGUGCAGAAUCUCUUAUCGGACACGUCGUUGAACAUGAUCGACGCCAUUUCUUCGGUGCUGGAGCACCCGUGCGCGGCGGCGCGACUGGCGGCGGCGCGCUGCCUGCGCUGCGCAUGCGCCGCGGUGCCCGCGCACGUGACCCCGCGGCUGCACUCGUGUCUGCUUGCGCUCGACGGACACACUCCCACGCCGCACCAUAUCUCCGGUUAUUCAGCAGCGCUAGCCGCCAUCCUCGGCUCAGUGCGGAGUUCCUCGCUCGGCGUGCCGCACGGACUCGGCAAGGUGGCCUUCAAUGCAGCCGAGCAGUUGCUGAGAUCAGCCGGACAGAGCAGCAGAUUGACCGCCGCCAGAACUAACGCGGGCUGGCUCAUUGUUGGCGCCAUUUGUACAUUAGGAGUGCCAGUGGUUCGCGGAUUAUUGCCGCGUAUGCUGUUGCUAUGGCGGAACAGUUUCCCGCGCUCCGUUAAAGAAUUGGAGUCUGAGAAGGCGAGAGGAGAUGCCUUCACUUGGCAGGUGACAUUGGAAGGUCGUGCGGGGGCGUUAUCGGCAUUACAUAGCUUAUUGGUCCACUGUCCAUCGUUGGUCCAUAAUGACGACACAGCGAAACGACUGAACCAACCCAUUGAUGGAGCCGUUGCAGUUCUUACCAACGUUGGCGGUGUAAUCCGCAACUACGGAGGCGCGCUGAAGGCGCCCGCGGCGUUGCUGCGCCUGCGGCUGUUCCGCGCGUGCGCGGCGCUGGGCGGCGCCUGCGCGCCCGCCGCGCCGCUGCUGCGGCUGCUGGCCGCCGAGAUCGCGGCCCAGGGCGAACACAACAUUGCUACUGGUCUUCUAAGAUCUUCAAUGCACCCUCGAGACACCAUUUUGUUAGCCGAAGAAGGCUGGAUCUAUGACACUGAUCAUGCCGAAAUCGAAGAACAGUUAAUAUCUCCACUAAGCGCAAGCGGGUCGGGCGCCCUGGAACACGACCCGUGCUGCGUGUACCGCAGCGCCGGCUGCAGCGCGGGCGACUCCCAGCCCUUGGGAGUGGCUGUUAUCGACGCCUCAGUGGCUUUGUUCCCGCUCAUAUUCUCUAAAGCUGCCAACAAACAUAGACAACAAAUGCUGGAGCACUUCGUGGAGUGCAUCAAGAUGUCGAAAGGGCCGCGUCAAGAGGCCAUACAACUGAACGUGUACACUGCAUUACUUCUAGCUCUGAGGACAUUGGCCGAGAUGAAGAGCUCCCUGGGACAGGACACUGUGAAGGGCAUCGCCACUGAACUGAUUAUUAAUGGUCUGUCGUCGAACAGCGCUGCAGUGCGCGCGGCAGCGGCCUCGUGCGCCGGCCGGCUGUGCGGCUGCGUGUGCGAGGCCGAGAGCCAGGCGCUCAGUGACCGGGUUAUAGCCUUGGCCAGGACUUCGGCUAACAGACCGGUCCGUGCAGCGGCUGCAGCGGCGGUGGGCGCUGUGCAGCGAGCGCGAGGCGCCGCGUCAAGCGCUGCAGCGCUGCCGGUGUUACGUGCGCUGGCUCAGGACACCACUAACGUCGAGAUCCAAGUAUGGUCACUUCACGCACUAACAGUGCUAGCAGACGCUUCGGGCCCGAUGUUCAGAAGCCACGUGGAAUCCACCCUCAAUCUGGCGCUCAAGCUGCUGUUCAAUGCUCCUCCGUUCCAAGAAGACUUGCACAGGAGUAUUGGAAGACUGUUGUCUGCUUUGAUCACUGUCGUCGGACCUGAAUUGCAAGUAAGCGCGGUGUCACGCUUCACAUGCGCGAGCGCAGCGCUGUUGGAAUGCAGCGGAGGCAGAGCCGAAGCGGCCGGAUGUCUGCAACAACUGCAGAUGUUUGCGCCGAGGCACAUCAACCUGCACACCUUGGUGCCACAGCUAUGUCGUGACUUAUCGCACUCUGAGCUGGCAGUGCGCAGAGCAGCACUGUGUUGUCUGCGACAGCUGUCUCAGAAGGAAGCUGCGGAAGUUUGCAAAUACGCGUUGAUGGCACAGGACCACGUGCCAGCCAAACCAUAUUGUGGAGUAGUGAUAACAGAUAGCGGACUGCCCGGCGCUCUAUUCGCUUUAUUGGACACAGAAAGAGACGAACAUUUGUUGUCGUAUGCGCGUGAUACUCUGACGUGCUGCCUCCUCGCCGCGGCUUCGUCCGCCAAGUUAAAGGACUGGAUAGGAUUGUUGAAACGAGUUCUCACCAUACGAUUGGAGGACAGCAACAAUCCGGAAACGGAUGACGGCGAGGGUGAUGACGACCAGGCGGAAUUCCAUGCUGAAUCUGAACAAUCCACUCACCCAGCUGUACAGUCUCGGUGGCCUACUAGGGUGUUUGCAAUGGAGUGUCUUCAGAAAAUUAUGGGUGCUUGCGAAGCGACGGGUGACCCGGCUCAUUUUGAUCUCGUAAAAGCCAAGGAAAAGAUUCAGAAGGAUCCGAAUGCGGACUACCUGUCGGUGUACCUGCCGGAGCUGGUGCGCAUGGCGUUCGUGGCGGCGACAGGCGAGGCGGCCGCGCUGCGCCUGCGCGGGCUGCGCGUGCUGCAGCGCUGCGUGCGCGAGUUCGCGUGCGCGCCCGAGCCCGGCUUCCCCGGCCAUCUGCUGCUGGAGCAGUACCAGGCUCAGGUGGGGGCGGCCGUCCGGCCCGCGUUCUCCGGAGACACGCCCUCGCAUGUGACUGCGGCCGCCUGCGACGUCUGCUCCGCCUGGAUCGGCUGCGGCGUGGCCAGGGACAUCAACGACUUGAGGAGGGUCCACCAACUGCUCGUAUCUAGCUUGGACAAGUUGAACACAAAGGGCAACACCACGCUCAUAUACAACGAAAGUAUGGCAACAUUGGAGAAAUUGUCCAUUUUGAAGGCGUGGGCCGAAGUGUACAUAGUAGCGAUGGUCAGUAACGGCAGCGCUCCCGGCAGUUACGUCAAACAACUCGACACGAAACCUUUCAACAACAGCACCGAGUUGGCGAAAUGGCGGAACACCAUACUGCAGAAUUCCAAUCAAAUUGACAACAACAAGCAAGAGAGCGAGACAGACAGCGAGUACGGGGAGUUCGAGUGUAAAGGCGAGAGUCUGCUGAAGCUCGUGGAGCCCGAACUCGACAGCCUCGGGGAGAACUGGCUCGCGGCCUUGAAGGACCACGCCUUGCUCACUCUGCCGCCAGAGUUCUCAUCGCAGUUGCCUCACGGCGGUGGAGCAUUUUACUCCGCGGAAACGGCGGAAGCGUCUCGUGCGCACUACGGACACGCGUGGCCAUCUUUGUUGGACGCCGCCGCUCUCAGAUUCAACGCUGACAUAUCACAAGCCACAGGUAAAACCGAAGCUAAACUGGACAAUAGGUCGUCGAAAACUGAAAACGGUAACUGCGAGUUCUUUGAACCGGUUGACGAGAGAUUCCAUUUAUUAUUUGGCAUAUGCAUGGAGGCUCUAUGCGCCCAACGAGAUAUGAGCGUUGAAAAUACAAUCACUGUGUUGAUGUCGCUUGUGACUUUAUUAGACGCUCCUGAAAACAGGGCUCGGUUACUGAAAGACAGAGCAUUAGCAAUCGAGUUGUGUCAGAUAAUCCACCGCACGGGGCUGACGCAGGAAAGCAUCGAAGCCCUGCUUUUAGCCGCCGACGUGCUGAAACUCAUCAUAGAGGGCGCUAGGGAGCAGUUGCAUGCCAAUAUGCAGGCAAAGAUCAAAGAACUAGCGCCCUCUGAAGCCGAAGACAACAGUGCGAUCCCGCAAUCAGUUCUGGAAGUGGUUCACACACUAGGCGAGGGCGGGCCUACAGGAGACCUGCCCCCGGGCAAAUCGCUAGUGUUCGCGGCGCUGGAGCUGUCAGUGUGCCUGCUGGUGAGGAGGCUGCCGCAGCUGCGGCCGCUGAAGGCUGCCGGUGUGAUCGGCACGCCCAGGAGCUUCGGACCUCACGGCGACACGUUGUUGAUUAAGGCUCUAUCGGCCAUGGGAGAGCUACCCACGCUCACUAGUCCUCACGGAGCAUUGUCCCUACUUCCAACACUCCUCUACUUAUCUACGGAAAUCCUGCGCGAGAGCAAAGGCUCGGCUCUCGUAGCUGAAGCGGGGCUAUUGUUAUUGCAACAAGCGGUGGAGUGCCGCGUCGUCAAGGUGCUGGAACAGACGAACACACAACACGCUAAGCUGCUGCAGGCUACGUUGGCUAAACUUUUGGAGAGGGUCAAAAGCGACGAAGCGGACCAGCGACUGGACGCCAUAGUGGGCGCGCGGGCGAUGGCGGCGGUGGUCAGUGUGGAGCCCCCCGCCCCCGCGCUCCACUACCCCUGCCUCAACCACUUCCGCCAGUGUCUCGACACUGCGGACGAUGAGGCGUUCGCGACGUGCUGCGGCGUGGUGCGGCUCGUGUGGGGCAGACAGGCGCCGCGCGCGCUGCAGUCGGGCUGGGCGCGCGCGCUGGCGCCGCGUGUGGUGCGACGCGCGGCCGCGUGCGCCGCGAGCCGCGAGCCCGCGCCUUCGUCCGCGCGCGCGCGCGCUGCGCUCGCCGCGCUCGCGGCGCUCGACGAUCUGCUCGACGCCGCGCCCGACGGUGCCCGCGUCCAAUUGCUGUGGCUGCUGGUGCCAGUGGUGAUCUCGUACCUGCGUCCGGACCCGCCCCGCCCCCCGCCCGCGCAGAUGCUACACGACUUCGCGCUGCAGUGGCUCACGAGGGUCGGACCCAGGCAUCCGCAGGAAUUUAAGACGAUGAUGCAGCAAUCGCCAGAGCUACGCAACAAGCUUGAGAGUGCGGUGAAGGCCAGCCAAGCGAACACGCGUACGGCCCGCGCCACGCAGCAGCGGCCCGUCUUCGAGGCAAAACCGGCAAAACCCACUAUACAACUCAAGACUGAUUUCAGCGACUUUAGAUAAACUGUGAGAAACAUACGGGUGUGUGAGAAACGAAUAGAAGUGUGCGUGAGAAACGUGUGGAAUUGUGAGAAACAGUUUAAUAAUCCAUUAGACGAAUGUUUCUUGUUGUAUGGAAAUAUGAUCGAAUGGCUACUGCUAUCCAAGAGGCUUGUAGAAGCGUUGUCGCUAUGCACGAACGCUUGCACAUCUUCUUAACUUUGAUAGAUAACAAUCUGAAUCUUUUGCAAAGUCGCAGUUGGGUUUAAGAAAAUUUUACUGAAUUUUAUUUUCCAAUAUGUCGAUGAAGAUUGUCUUUUUCUUCCAUUAUUUAUGUUAAUAUCUAUUUUACUAUCUCAUAUAAUUAGGUAUUAUAGCUGAAGUAGCUGCUAAAUGGAUUAAUAUGCUAUUAAUAGAUAGGUAUAAAAAGAUAAUACAAUAAUUAUAGUGUAAAAAAACUCAAGCAGGAUGAUUAAAAACUAGCUGAAAUUACGAAAAUAACUAUAUUUUAUACAAAUGUAGCAAAAUAUUAAAUAUUAUGUGGUGAUCAAAUUACUAAAAAUAUUUAUCAUAAUAGAAAUUAUUUACCAAAUAUAUUUAACGCAGUCAGCAAACCGAAUAUUAAAGUUUUCCUAAGUUAUUUUAGAAUUAGAAGGAUAUUUUUUAUAAAAUUAACACUUUGUUUCGCACUGCCCAAUGCUUCCAUGAAAUUAAACAGGAGUAUUAUUUUGACGGACUUUGGUAAGUUACCAGCGAUGGGUUCAUCCAAGAUAAAACCCAGUUAUAACCCAUUUUAUGUAUAGAUUGAAAUGACUGGGUUUUAACCCGGGUGAUGCUCUUCAUUGGAAUUAACUUAUACCCCGUUAGUUUAGGUAUUUAAAGACACACAAACUUGACAUUUCCAUUGGAAAAGAGACUUUGAAAUUAAAUUCUAAUUAAAAUUAACUUCUAAAGUGCAAAGAUUUUAAUUUUGAAGUAAAUUUUAAAAAACAUGUCAAGAUUGAGUUAAACAAUCGAGGUAUAGUUCCAUUGACUGCAUUUUAAGUUAUAUAAGAUUAUUUACAUUAUAUUUAUUUACAAGCCAGUGUAUUCUUUUCAUUUUAAUAAAGAACGAAUUUUACUUAAA